UUUUUCCACCGUUCCCUGAGCUCCAUCCCGGAUAAAUCCUGGAUUUUCCCGUUGCCUCCGGAGAUUUUCCGGCAGCUCCGCGAUUCCGAAGCCUCGGAAAAGAUUUUCCUGUACAAAUCCCUGGGAACGGCGCUGGGAUCGUGUCCCGGGAAGGAUUUGGUUCGGAAGCAGCUCCAGGAAAUCCUGGAAAACGCUCGGUACCAGGAGGAGGAGGAGAGGGAGGGUUUGGCUUUUUGCUUGGGAAUUUGCGCCCGGAAUCACCUGGAAGAAACUUUGGAAAAAUUGGAGGAAUUCGUUCGAUCCGACGUUUUCAAGAAAUCCCUGGGAUUGUUCAGCAUCUUCAAGGAAAGGAGCGAGGGGGAGCUGGAAAAGCUCCGGAGCGGCCUCGUGCUCUGCUACGGCCGCGUGGCCGAGGCGGCGCCUCCGGAAUUGCUCAAUUCCCGCUUGGAAUCGCAAAUCCUGAAAAAUCUCCUGGAAAACGGCCACACCAAGGUUCUGGGAAUCAAAGUGGAGACCAAGGAUCCGACGCUGAAGUUGAGCCUCGCCCGCAGCGUCUCCAUGAUCGGCCGAGCCCUGGCCAGAGGAAAUUCCCGGAAUUCCGGGAAUUCCGGGAAAUUCGGGAAUUCCGGGAAUGACCUCGGGAAUUUCGGGAAUGAGCCCCGGAAGGGCCCCGGGGGCUCCGUCAGCAUCGCCCACAAGGCCGAGCUGGUGGCGCUGCUGGUGGAAUUCCUGAAGGCGGAACCUCCGGACACGCUCCGGACGCGGCUCCGGCAGCGAGCGCUCGACGCCUGCUCCCACCUCCUGACCGGACCGGGAAUGGCCUCGGGACCGGACCGGGAUCGGGACCGGGAACGGACCGGGAAUGGACCCAGGACCGGACCGGGAAGGGACCGGGAAUGGCCUCGGGACCGGACCGGGAUCGGGACCGGGAACGGACCGGGAUCGGCCCCAGUGCGGCCCCGGGAAUGGCCCCGGAUCGCCCCCGGGAACGGGACCGGGAAUGGCCCCGGAACCGGACCGGGACCGGCCCAAAACGGCCCCGGUGCCACCGGGAGCGGCCCCGGAACCGCCCGACCAGGACCGGAACUGGACCGGAAUCAGAACCGGCACCGCAUCAGAUUUAGGAGCGGGACCGGAUCGGGACCAGGACCGGAACUGGACCAGGAGCGGGAUCAGAACCGGGACCGGGAUCAGAACCGGGACCCGGAGUAA